CUUGUUGCUGUGGACGCCGCCGCCCCGCAGCGUUGCCGCCGCCCUCGUCCUCCUUCGUCUGCUGAUCUCGGAGCACCGUGAUGACUCUGCCUGCCGCCAGGAAGACGGCUCUGCUGUGGCUGUGGCUGAGCGCGGUCGCGGCUGUGGCGGUAGCCGCACCAGGCCCCGGCCCUAGCCCCGGCCCGCAGAAGGCCAACCACGAGCUGCUGACCAACCUAGGCAUGGUGCGUCGCCGGGUAGCUCCGGCGCACCACCGCAAGCGGCUGGCGGCCGAGAUGCGCAGCAGCGGCGCGCACGACGACUCGCACAUGGUGGUGAUCAAGCUGCCCCCGGCGCCCUACUACUACGCGCACGCCAAGCCGGCCAAGACGCUGGAGCCCAGCCACAACGCCGUCAGCAAGCCCGCGCUGCACUUCCACGGCAACGGGAAACCCACAGGAGUCUACCACUGGAACCUGCCCGUGCUGAAAAAGAUGAAGGCGGGCCACGCUCGACACGGCGGAGCCGCCAAACGCACGUCGGACGGCGACAGUAAGAUCUACCACAUCCAGAAGACGUCGCCCUUCACCGAGCACCACGAUGACCCGGCGGCGGCCGCCAGCUCCAACGACGUGCUCAAGGCCAAGGAGAGCCAGCACGCGCCGGCCUUCUCCCGCAAGUCCCACGCGCCCAAGUCCAAGAUCAGCUACUACACGCCGCGCAGGAAGACCAUGUUCCAGAAGCUGUUCCAGGGCAACGGGAAGCCGCACUCGUUCUACGUCAUCGAGAAGUCCAAGAAGCCCAUCCAUUACCACAGACUGUUGCCCUGAGCGACGCCAGGCGCCGCGUAGCGCCAAGACGCUUCGGUGCUGAGUUCGCUCGCCAGCGAGGACUAUGUGAUCUCGCCGAGAACCUUCAACUUCGACUGGAGCUUACUUUUAUAGCGUAAUUUUUAACAAAGCACUACGUACUGCACUUGAUAAUAUAUGACGAGAAUUUUGUUACGAACUAAAAGAGUAUAAUGAUAAUGACAUAAAAGACUUAUUCAAAGACAACAUUUUUAUCAUUAAAAUUGUAUUUUUUUUUAAACAAGCAUCAAGAUGUGAUCGGGGAAAGUCUGCUAGACACUUUAUUGAGGGAUCUUAUGGCAUUUCAGAAUUCGUUUCGUUAUUAUGCAUCAUGCUCGGUGUAAGGAAUAUCUGUGGAGUGCUCGCAAACUUCAUGUUUUAUUAUGUGUACUAGUGACGUAGUACGAGAAUCUAGAAAUGGAAAAUCCUGCUGAUCUGCGGUGUUGCAAUGCUGUAGUAUGCACUAGGCAGAAUUGUUCAUUUUGGCAUACGUUGCUCCAUUUGUUGUGCAAUGAAUUAUACAUGUUGACAUACAAAUGUGUUGAGGUUAGUUUGUUGAGAAUAGUGAAUAUCUAGAUAUAUACAAUUAGAAAUGCGAAUAAAAAGUAAUUUUUUAUUAGAAUGCCGAGUUAUAAUUUGCAGCCUACGAAAAUAAAGUUGCAUUUUGGCAUCUUCUCGACACCAAAGCUAUGUAACGCGCAAGAUUAACAUUUUUUCAAAUUUUUAGUUACUGAACUGCCUAUUAGUUCUUUUUAGUGUGUUUUUAAAAUUUAAAAAAUAAUGCUGUCCAUAUUUACAAAAAAUUAAUUAAAUGUCAAAUAUUUGUUAGUAGAAUACAUGAAAUAAUAUUAAUUUUAUGUGAAUGCUAGUUAAUUAUUGUGAUUAUUCUCUGGAAUGAAUAGUAAAUAUGAGUAUAAUAGGGGUGUUAAGUGUGAUGCAUUAUUGUAUUCGUCGAUUAGUUCCACCGCAUAAAUUUGUUUCAAGAAAUGUCAUAAGGCGACAUGGUGUAAGGAACGUGUAGGACUAAUGUAUCUAAUAAGGUGUUAUUGAUCUGUUAUCUGAUUUUCCCGUAGAUUGUAGUCACCGCAGCCUAACAAAGCAAAUAAUACUCUGACUCCGCGCCGUGAUCACAGCCGCAAGGACAACUAUUGUCCGUGCGAUGACUGUGACGUUAUGUUGUCCAAGUUGUGUACUUUGAUCUGCUCUCAGAGUAACUAACAACUCUGAGAGCUUAUGUAUACUCGCAUGAAGAUUUAAUACUUAAGAACUAAAAUAAGAGGAAACUUUCUAUAAGGUAUAACUCUGCCAAAUUCGUUGUAAUUUUGAAGAUAUUUUCUAAUUAAAUUAUAUACAAUACAUUAAAAUACAUUUCAUACAAAAUAUUGAAAUAAAACACCCAAUUUUAUCAAACCUUUUAUUUUA